UGAUCAUGAUCCGCGCAACACAAAGCUCACGCGCUCACGCCCUGCAUCCAUCUAUCGUACGCGGCAUCGACCUCACCUCGGUCCAGUCUCAGUAUCAGCCCACGCGCUGCGAGAUGUAAAUUUGGUAUCUCAGGCUUACGGCUCAGCAUCUCGGUGCCUCGUGAUCGACGCCCGAUCUUUCUCACGAGUCUCUCUUCUAUGGACCCUCUCACAUCUGUGGAGACUUGCGCAUGGGAUCAUAUCAUUGGCCGCGGAUCCGGCCCGUACAACUUUGCAAAUGCAUCAACGUCGAACAUCCAACCGUACAGAUUUGCUUAGCCGCCGGCAACCUCAGUCCUCGACGACGGCAACUCAGACCCCCGCGACAGGACUGCAAUAGUCUCAAUGAGGUAUCGAUGACGGCGAGUCCAUGGUCUAGUGGCGUCGACGACGCGUCUUGCGCCCUCGGGGACGCCUAGUCCUUUUCAACGAUUACACCCCUACACGUGGAGUCGUGUGUCCUCCGAAUCAAACCCGUACACCUUCUUGUUUCAGAUUCGACCGCUCAAACGACCUUCGACAGCCAGAGACAGCGAUGAAGAUGGCUAUCUGUCUGCGGCUCCCUCACCGUGCCACAUGCAGCCAGCCUAUCACGAGAGCUGCUAAACAGGCCAUGCUGUGCCGCUCAUGUUGUCGCUCGAUCCGAGCACCAAGUCGCGUCUACUUAUAACUUGGAUUGACGGGGGCCCGACCCGGCGAAAGAUGCAUCCAGGAGACGCGGGCAACAGAAGAUGAUGCUGAGAUGUACUCUUGUACGGCCAGGCACCUUCGACGAAGGCCUGAUUCCCCCGUGUCCCCCCUUCCUUCACUUCUUGCCUGCCCGGAGACCAUGCCGAUUAGCACGACCUUGGGCCCGUUUGUCAUUGGCGGGAUCUUCACAGUCUUUUUCUUCGGGCUGAACAGCGUCCAAGGAGCCAACUACUUCCAGGCGUUUCCGCGUGAUGGGCUGCCGCUCAAAGCGACCGUCUCGGUUCUAUGGUAUGCGCUGAAGUUCUGCUCGUGAAUGCGAUGCCUGAGUGUCACCCAGCACCUUAGAGUUCAUCUAUGCCGUUUGCUUGGCCCAGGGGAUCUACAGUCUGACAUUGCCGACUUUCGACCCAGUUCCUCUGGAUAGUCUGGAUUUUAGAACUCCGAUAGCAUUCAAUGUGGCCAUUCUCAUUGGAUCCCUCAUAAAUCACGGCACACAGGCUAGUCAAUCGCGAUCAUCUUACCAAACGCGUCUGCUAUGAUGACACAGGCCUUCUUUGUGGCGCGAAUAUACAAAGUGACGAACAAACUGUAUAUCUCUGUCGCUCUGUGGUGCGGUGUCGCUGCGCUCCAAGCCGUGUCGCUGCUGCUGGUCGCCAAAGCAGUUCGAAGCAACUCCUUGUUGACAUUGGUCGAGAGCGAGAACUCUGUGCUCAAGGGAUGGUUUCUUGGCACGGCGGCGCUGGAUAUGACGAACGCUGCCGUCUUGUCCAUGUAUCUCGAGCUGCAAUCAAGAUUUGGUGUCACACGACGGUCAGUACCAGGAUCCACCUAUCACUCCCGAUGACAGCUGAGGGGCCUGCCACUGCCAGAACGGGAAUGGUGCUCAAUCAGCUCGUGUUGUAUGCGACCAACACUUGCAUUACAACAAGCGUGGUCGCUGGUGCCACCGCUAUCUGUCUUGCUAUAUCGCCCGACACUUAUGUCUGGGCUCUGUUCUUCCUGGCCAUGCCUGGCUCCUUCAUGACCGCCUUUCUCGCAAAUGUCAAUAGAAACUUUAUCAGGCCAAAAGCUACUCGCGCCUUGUCGUCCAAUAUCGGGGCUAUGCACUUUUCCGCGAACCCGACGUUGGGAGAUGACCGCCUCGGUGCUGGAUCGAUCUUGGCUGUGGGGUCGAUGAACCAGGCGAUGGCCUCACGGUCUAUCAACGAUGACGACGAGCUUGAUGCGGUCGAGAUGGAGAUGGACAAGAUCGAACCCGGUCGAAACCAAUCGUUUUUGCCGUUUUGAGAUUCUCCGAUAGCAGGACCGAUAACCAUAUUUCUCCGUAGUCUAUUAGGGCUGACAUCAAUCGGUCCUCGCUUGCGUACCUAGCACGGAGCCAUGAUGUAGACACCACAAUGACGCACACAUUCCCCCGCAUGCUUAAAAUGCGCUCUCGUCUGGAGUACAGGCUCCCCACAACACAACACAUACCCCACAUGAAUCUGUUCACCCACUCCAAGCGUCGCCACCACCGAGCGUUCUACCGCCGAGAUCCAGACCGCGUCGCGGGAGGGUACAGUAAGUGUCCGCCCAGCGCCGGGCAGACCCACAGCUCAGGGAUCUACAGAGGCCGCACUAGCCAACCCCCGGACGACCCGCGAAGGCCGCAAACACGCUAAAGCCGAGCUCCACGCCAUGGUACGCACGCCACCACCCGCACCCCGUCCGACUGACUGACUGACUGGCUCCCGCAGGGCCGCUCGGCGCACGUCCCGCUCAUGACGAAGAUCCGGCGCGCGCUGGGGAUCAGGAAGACACCGCGUCGGGAGCGCAAGGCGGAGGCGCGCCGGAGGGAGUACGAGGAGCCUGUGCACAGGCGGCGCGAGCCGCGGAGAGCACGGCGUCGCGCGUAUUAUGACUGAAGCGCUAUGUAGAUUAUUCGAGUUGAGGACAUUGUACGUGUACGAUUAGCAGUUCGAGGCUUGUAUCGAUAUUUGUUUGGGAUUCUAUGCAGAGCAGUGCUUGCGAUGAGAAGACUCUCAUAGCGGGAUGUGAACACGUGAUGAG